AUGAACAUGGAUGUAGACGACGUGGAGGGCAAUGAUGUUUCAACGGUAGAGCGAAUGGUACUAAUUUCAAAAUCAGGAGGUCGUCAUCCGGUUGACAGAAACAUGCUUCUUCGAACCAGUGAAUAUUUCCAAGGUUUGGUGAACAGUGGAAUGAGAGAUGCCCGUUAUAGAGAGCUUACGUUCGAAUGUUUAACAAAUGAAUCCUUAAUAGAAGUAAGAGAUUAUUUAAUCUAUUUGUCAAUCAACAUGAUGGGAAACAAAGGUCUUAGCAUAAAGUCGUUGAAUGAAGUAGAAGCAGGGUUAGAUGGUGCCUUCUAUCUACAAAUGAAUGAUAUGAUUGAUAGAUACAUUGAGAUGUUAUUGAAACAUUUGAACGAGUCAACUUGUAUUCGUAUUUUGGACAUUGCCAACAAAUACCUUCUAAUUGACCAAGUGGUUAAAAAAGUUAUUGAAUACAUUUUGAAGAAUUUUAAAAAAAUUUCAGACAGUUCAAAAAUAUCAUUAUCACCAGACGAAAUGUUUCGCUUGGUUGCUUCAGAGGAAAUAAAUGCAGACAGCGAGAUGGAUAUUUUCAAUCUGAUAAUCAGGUGGGUUUCGGAGGAUCCGUCCAAAAAAUAUUUCGCUGAAAAAUUGUUAACCGAAGUGAGGUACAGUCUGAUGACAACCUCAGGGAGACAGAAAUGUACCGCCAUACUUCAUGAUCUGAAUUUAAAUAUCUGCUAUAAUAAAGAUAAAGAUUCAAAUAUUUCUCGUACAGUUGGUAAGAUAUUUGCGGUUGGAUCAACUGAAAAAAGGGAUGGAACUUUCUUGAAUAUUUUGCCAGUUUAUGAUUUUGUUGAAGCAUGCAAGACCAAUGGUUACGGCGCUUGGCAAAAACACGUCAAUUUCAAUCCAUCAAGUAGAAAUGGUCCACAAGGUGAUUGGAUAGAUUACAAUGCCUGUGUGCUUGACAACUGUUUGUAUUUGGUCGGAGGGAAGCGUUCGGUCACUUGUAAAGUUUUCAUGUACAAUCCGGUUACUGCAGUCUGGUCCGAGUGUCGCAGCAUGCAUUUUCCGAGGCGUCAUUUCUACCUGGGAAACCUAGCUGGCCAUCUCUAUGCAGUUUCUGGUUACACUAAAUACAUCAAAGGAACUUCAACAGUUGAAAAAUACAUACCGAGUGAAAACCAAUGGCACAUGGUAGAACCUUUACCUCUUGCUCUACCAUAUCUUGCAGGCUGUGUAUACAAUGGAAUGAUGUAUGUCAGUGCCUUACAUUUUGUUUACCGGUAUGACUCUUCUUCCAACAAAUGGCUUUCGAGGGCUCCCAUGUUGACGGCACGCUCCCACCACUGUAUGACAAGCACGGGGGAUAAGAUUUUUGCUUUUGGUGGUACAUAUAAGUCGAUUGAUCGGAAUUAUAAUGCAUUGGAUGGAGAGAUAUAUGAUGUAGAGAGCGAUCAGUGGACAUAUGUGUUUAAGCUGGUGCAUCCUGUUUUUGAUUCGCCAUCCAUUACUAUCAACAACUGUCUCUACAUCUUUCAACAAGAGUCGAAGUUUCCGAACAACGUAUAUCGUGUGAUUCAAAAAAUUUUUCUGACGAAGUACUUGAAGGGGAAGGAAACGCCAAAUGAUUCAAGUUUAUCACCAGCACAAGAAGCAGUGAAAGGGAAUUUACCUGGCAAUGAGGAUUGCCAAAAUGUUUCUCUGAAGUUUUAUAAAAUUUCAUUCAAAUUGAGUCAACUGCAAAUGAGGAAAUAUGACCUCACAAUCCUGAUCUCGAAAUUCUAUCUGACACGACCAUCUCGACAUGAUUCCAUACUGUCAUGA